UCUCUCUUUCCGUUUUCCCGGCCACCGCCCUCCACCCUCAACCCAUUCCAGAGAUCGAAGAGAAAAUCUACUUCAGUACUCUGAUCGCUUUGUAACCCCCUCCCCAUUCCUCGUCCAUUCCUCCCUAAUCCCCUCCAGAUUCAAGAAGCAGAAGGGCUCCGGCGAUGAUGUUUUCAUCAUCUGGCCUCCUGCGUGCUGCUGGCCUCUGUUCUUCGUCAUCCAAGCCAAGAAACAUUAGCAGAGAUGACAAUGAUAUUGCCGGCCUCGCCUCGUUUCUUGAUCUCAAGGUUCAACUCGUAACCCCAUCUUCUCAGUCCUCACAUUGUUUCUUGAUCUGGGUGUUUUCCUCCCCCAUCCUCUGUUCUUUUCUUCGUCGUCUAAGCCAAGAAACAAUGCCGGACUGGACAAUGGCGCUGCUUCCCGGCUUUGUGUUCCACCCGCUGGACGAGCACCUCCUAGACUUCUACCUGAGGAAGAAGAUCCUCGGCGAAACGCUUCUUGGUGGUAUCAUCGUGGAGGCCGACGUCUACGGUGACGACCCCAAGAACCUAACUGCGCGGUAUAACAUGGCAAACAGGGAUUCCGAGUGGUUCUUUUUCGCAUCCAGGACUCGGAGACAUCCGGGUGCCGAAGAUAGCAAGCGGGUAUCCCGGAGUGCGGGCUUGGGACGGUGGAAGGCCACCCAAGGCAUCAAGACCGUGCUCGAUUCCAAGCGCAAAGUCCUUAAUGGGAUAUCAAAGGAGACUUUAUAUCCUUAAUCUUUACUUUGCUGAUGACUGGAUCAUUUUUGGUGCGAGGUUGUCAACCAACUUCACUGCUAUUACGGCACUGCAACUUUUUCUAAAUAAUGUCUUUUUUUUUGUGAUACGUGGAGGGGAAACCUUUAAAAGCAAGCCUUAUAUGCACUAUAUGAAUCUUACAGAUUAUGUAUCAUCUUGUAAAUGAAUCUUCCUUAUUUUAAUAAGCAAAUUUGUUAUGGUA